AUGAUACCAUUCCUUUUCAUCUCAAUUAUCCUUUCACCUUCAAUCUUCGCAAUAUCCGUCCAUCAUGCCGCCGCAAAACACCUUCUCGAUACCCACAACAUUAUCAGAAGUAGUGUGGCUAGAGGUGAACAAAAAAUCCACGGUGGUAAAUAUGCCCAACCCUCUUCUAAUAUGCGAAAACUGGUGUGGGAUCCUAAAUUGGCAGAGAAAGCACAAAAUUAUGUUAAUAAGAAUCACCCGAAAGAACCGCGAAACUUCCACGGUGAAAACCUGUAUCAAGUACAGUACAAAACUGUUCAUUAUGGUAAGGACCUCACGAGAUUCUGGAUUCCCACUGCCCAAGUUUUCAGAUAAACCACACAGAGACGCUCAAAACGCCAUGAAAGAAUGGGAAGCUGAAUUGAGUACAAUAGCCUGGUCACCAAAUGCAAUUCUAUGCGAGGAUUUCAAAAAAAUUCGCAACGGCUUGCAAAUAAUUCGAGCCACGACCGGAAGUGUCGGAUGUGCGUUUCAUGAAAAAGACAUGCAUGGUGUUCUUGUUUGUAUGUAUGACGGAGAUAUGGCAACUUCGGCAAUUUCUGAAGGCAAAAAUGAGAUUUACAAGGUGGGAGAAGCGUGUUCAGCGUGUCCGAUCGAUUCGAAAUGCGAUAAAGAAUCGGGGCUUUGUGUUGGUGAAUCGGAAAGCAUUCCGAAAGACUCAACUCUUGCCAAUCUCAUUUUAUCACGUCAUAACAAAGAGCGAAGUAAAAUUGCGAAUGGGAACGCAGUUUCAACCAACAGAAAAUGCGCGUUACGCCCAGCUUCCAAUAUGAACAAACUAGUGAGUAACUUCUGAGAUCCUAUCUAUGUAUGUACAAUAUUUUUCAGACAUGGGAUAGUGAACUUGCGUGGGCCGCCGAGCAAUACGCUAAAGCAAGAGCCAGUGAAAAACGUUGGAUGAGCGGUGAAAAUAUAUAUUAUGAAGAAGGCAAUGAUGAUUCUAACCCUGAGCGCCUUGCAAACUCAGCAAUGACGUCUUGGUUGACUGAAAUCAUGGAGAAGAGUUGGAAUUUGGACGAGAAGCUCAAUGACAGACACUAUCGAGAAAUGGGAAAUGGUCUGCAAAUGAUUUGGGCGGAUACGGAGAAAGUCGGAUGCGGACUUUAUCAAUGGAAAUCUGAAGAUGGUGCGAGGAAUUAUGCGAGCUUCGUUUGUCGAUAUGGUGACUGGUUUUUUGAGCACAACAAAAAAGUUUACACUUAUGGAGGAACUUGCACAACGUGUGAUGAAAAAUGUAGUGAGACCAAGAAUGAUGAACCUGGUCUAUGUGUGAAAUAA